AUGGAGCUGAAUCAUCAUUUUCUCGACAAAGUAAGAAAUAUGAAGGUGAGCCAAAGAAAACUUCCAAAACUACAAAUAGGAAUAAUGAAGACGAAAAAAAGUUAUGGAAAAAAGAAUAUGAUAAAGAGAGAUAUCAGAAGAAUAAGGAAAAGAUAUAUAUCAAAAGAAUAAGGAAAAGAUAUGUGAAUAUAAACGAAAUUACAAACGACGUAUGAAAGAAAAUUUGGAAAAUUUACGGAAAAAUAAAUUAGAAAUUGAGCAAAAUAUUAAU